AUGGCGACGGGAACAGGCUGGCAGCCCGCAUACGGAACCUCGACGAGCGGCUCCAGUAGCAGCGGCGGCGGCGGCGGCGGCGGCGGCGGCAGCGCAUCCAAAUACAUCUCGCCGUCAACAUCCAGCUUGUUCUACGACGGGAGUUUAACGCUGGAAUACACGCAAGACCUCCAUUUGAAGAUGAGCAAGAAGAUUGCGCAGCUGACCAAGGUUAUUUAUGCUCUCAACACCAAGAACGACGAACAUGAAGAGGAAAUUGAUUCGCUGAAGGAAGCACACGAGGAUGAGGUGCAGCACAUUGUGACAGAAACCCGAGACAAAAUUAUGCAGUACAAGAGCAAGAUGGUAGACGAGGCCGACCUACGGCGGCGGCUGGCCAGUCUAGAGGAAUCAGUCGGACUUCACGAACACAUGAAAAGACAGGCUCUGGCAGAGUUCGAGAUGUACAGACAAAGAAUGGAGGAUUCACAACUCUGCACGGAAGCCCAACACACACAGCGGGUGGUUUCUAUGAGCAGAGAGGUGGAGGAGAUGCGCCGGGAUUUUGAGGAGAAGCUGCGAGCAUUCAGCCAGGCACAGGCCCAGUUUGAGGCGGAUAAGCGUCGAGCACUGGAGGAACUGAGGUCCAACCACCGCCAGGAGGUGGAGGAACUCCUAAACAGCCAGCAGAACCAGAGUGCCACCUCCACUGAAGACCAGGAGAAAUUGGCUGAGCUCCAUAGACAAGAGGUGGACUCCUUGAUGGAAAGGGUGGAAGAACUGACAAAGGAUAAGGUUCGGGUGGUGGAGGAGUAUGAGGCCAAACUGGCCAAGGCUCAAGAGUACUACGAACGGGAGUUGGAGGCCAUGACAAGGACGCACCAGCUCACCACCGAAAACCUGCUGGCCUGGAAAAGGACCGAGGUUGAGCUCCGCAAAGAGUUCCAGUCACAGGAGGCGGCACUGCAGCGUUCACUAUCAAAGCUGAGAAGUGAGCUUCAGAGAGCCCAGGAGGAGGCCCGUGAGAACCGGGACAAGACAAACAGAUUGCAGACAUCACUGGUUAAUGCUGAGGGAACCAUUAAGAACCUGCACAAGCAGCUGGAAGAAGCCAUCCAGGACGGUGAGAUCUGGGUAAUGCAGUUGAAGGACACCGAGUAUGAACUGGAGGGCUGUAGGGAACGAGUACAGCAGCAGGCAACGGAGAUCCUCCACAAAGCUAGUCAGAUCGGAUCCCUACAGGCCACUCAGAUGGCCCACGAGGCAUCCAUCAGGAACCUGGACCAAGAGCAAAGUCGACUGAAGGAGAAGAUUGGUAGGCUGGAGAAGGAGCGGGAGGCCCUGCUUAACCAGAACCAGGUGGCCAGCGAGCAGCAUAAACAGCAAGUGCUAAAACUGGAGCAGUCUCUGCGUGAGGAGCACCAGGGCUAUGAGAAAGAGCUCUCCAGACUGAGAGCUCACUAUGAAGAGGAGACGCGUCGCUACAAGGAGGCACAAAUCAGGGCGUUGGAGGAGAUGGAGGAGAAACACCGAGCCAUGAGGGAGGAGGCUCAACAGGAGAAAGAGGAAGAGAAGAAGCUUCUAAUGAUGAAAAUGAGUCAGGAGUUUGAGAUAAAGCGUCUGUCUCUGGAGGAACAGCGAGACCGAGUGCAGCAACAGCUGGACAACUUGAAAGAAGAGCUCUCUGCCAAACUCAACAUGGCCAAUCAAGAGGUGUCCCACCUCCAGGAGCUUGUGAGAGAGAGGGACCAGAACGUUAGCUCAGCACAGAACCAAAUCACUUGUUUGAGGGAGACACAGGAAAAGCUCAAGAUCGAACUGGACGCAACUAGAGCUCGGGUUCGAGAGACCAGCAACCUGCUAACAGAUUUACAGGAGGAGAUUGAGACACAGAAGCAACAGCAUGAAGCCCGAGUGAUGUCCAUCCGAACUGAAGAGAAGCAGAAAAUGGACAAAAUGGCUGACAACUUGGAGCAAAAAUGGAGAGAAGCGCUUCGUGAAGAAGUGCGUCUACUGAGGGAGGAGCUGAGCGAGGAAUACGAUGUUGACAAGCAGGCAGCCCUGACUCAACUCUCUCAGCAGAAGGAGCUGGAAAUGAUGGCGGCCAGAGAGAGCUGGCAAAGGAAGGUGGAGGACUUGCUCGAACAGAUCUCGCUGUUGAAACAGUCUCUGGAGCUGCAGCUGUCUCAGUCACAGGCAGCCCUUCAGCAGCUGCAGUCUCAGUUUAACCAGGAGAGGGAGCUGCUGGGUCAACAGCUCAAAGAGAUGCAGAGAGAACACCAGAGGAGAGAACACCGGCUACAAGAGGCUCACUGCUGUGCAUUGAGCACCAUGGAGGAGGCCCGGCAGCAUCAAAUCAGGGCCCUUGAGGAACGUCUAAAGCAGGAACAAAGAGAGGAAGUUCAUGCUCUUAAGGAAGCCCACAGGAGAACCUUGGAGAUCCUCAGACAACAGUCAGACCAGGAGCUGCAGACGUUGAGAUUUGAACUGGAAGAUGAAGGCAAAGCAAAGCUAGCGUCACUCCGUGCUGAGCUAAACCACCUCCACGCGACAGCAAUCGAGCAUCUGAAGCAGAUCCACCUGAAAGAAAACUCUAAUGCUAAACGGGAGCUAGAGAAGGCCAUGGAGCAGAGCCGUCAACAGGAGCAAGAGCUGUUAGUUCGAAUCUCAGACUUUCAGGCAGAAGUGCUUUCCCGUAGUAACCGCAUCACAGAUCUAGACCAUGAAAUCCACACUUUAAAUGAGACCAUUGACACCCUUACCCGAGAACUGGAGUUGAAGGGUAAAGAGGUGCUUCGGGUUCGCAGUGAAGCAAAUCAUCAGAUAAGGGCUCAUGAACAAGACUUUGCCAAGAGGCAAGAGAGGGAGUUGGGGGAGCUCACUGUGGUCCAUCACAGAGAAACUCAUAUCAUGUUGGCAGACUUCAACAAAGCUCAAGAGGUUCUCAAAGACAAGAUCACUGCUUUGCAAAUAAUACUGGAGGGGACCGAAGAGAAGUUGCGAAACAGAGAGAGCCGGCCUGAAGACCUACAUCUUAUCGCAGAGCUCCGUGAGAUGGUCUCAGAGAGAGAGGCUUUGGUCAAAAAGCUUGUGGAUGACAAAAAGUUUUAUCAGCUGGAGUUGGUCAACAGAGAAACAGGUUUCAGCAAGGUCUUUAACUCCAGUGCCAAUGUUGGGGUUAUCAACCCUCUGAUCAAGCUAAAACCGGGCAGCCAAUCAGACCAACACUUGGCCAGCUUUCCUAGCCAGUCAGCUCUCCGAUUCGUCAGCCCUCCCACCGUGAGUCUUGCGAGCGAGGAGGCGGAGAGUCGGGUAGUGGAGGAGGUAGGACCGGGCCGAUUUGCGCCUCCCCACUCCCCCCUCCGACGCACCCUCCCCCGGCUUAAGAAAGCUCCGCCGCUCCUCCGUCCUCUCCCUCACGUCCCUCAGCAUCCACCACCUCUUCCUCCUCAUCCCCCGCCAAGUCAUGCUCUCGCCCAUCCUCCUCACCCUCAGGAGCCCCAGCAUCAGGCAAGUUGUAGGAGGUGA